AUGAUCACUCGAAAAGCAAUAUUCUUUUUAGCAUUAGCGUCAAUUAUUCAAGCAUCAGAUGAUUCCGAAGCUCCCGAUAAUAAAAAGUCUUCAAUAAGAUUCACUCCAUCAGUUAUUGAUUCUUAUAGAGAAAAAGUUCAAAAAAUGUUCUACCACGCCUACAACGGAUAUUUGGAUCAUGCAUUUCCACUAGAUGAACUGAAACCAAUAACAUGCGUUGGACAAGACACCUGGGGAUCAUUCUCUCUUUCAUUAAUUGAUGCUCUAGAUACUCUUCUGGUGAUGGGAAAUACAACCGAAUUCCGAAGAGCAGUGUCACUUGUUCUUGAGAAAGCUCGUGAUGAUGCUAAUGUGAAUGUUUCUGUUUUCGAGACGAAUAUCAGAGUUGUUGGCGGAUUAAUAUCUGCACAUAUGCUAGCGGGAAGGCAUAAAGAUCUUGUCGUAGAUUGGGAAGGUUAUCCAUGUGAUAGUCCGCUUCUCAAAUUAGCUGUUAAAAUGGCUGAUCGACUUAUGCCUGCUUUCAAUACAGAAACUGGAAUGCCCUAUGGAACUGUUAACUUGAAAUAUGGAGUUCAUAAAGAUGAAACACCAAUUACUUGUACAGCUGGUGUGGGCACAUUUCUUAUUGAAUUUGGUACCCUCUCACGUUUGACUGGCGAUGACAAAUACGAAAAAGUGGCUCUAAAAGCGUUGGAUGCUUUAUGGUCGACAAGAUCACCAAUCGGACUCGUGGGCAAUCAUAUCAAUGUUCAAACAGGACAAUGGACGGCAACUGAUUCUGGAAUUGGUGCUGGCGUUGAUAGUUAUUUCGAGUAUUUAGCAAAAGGAGCAUAUCUAUUCAGAAGACCAAGUCUUAUGAAACAAUUUCAUGAACAUGCAACAUCAAUUAAUAAACAUGUUCGGAAAGGUGAAUGGUUUAUGUGGGUAUCAAUGGCCAAAGGAUCUGUCUCCUUGCCAAUUUUUCAAUCUCUUGAAGCAUUCUGGCCUGGAACUCUAACAAUGGUUGGUGAUGUUCAAGAUGCAUCAAGAAUUAUGUUAACAUAUUCUGAAGUUAUACGAAAAUACGGGUUCCCACCUGAAUUUUAUAACAUUCAUAAUGAAGAGCCAGGAGAAAAACGAGCCGCAUUUCCUUUACGGCCUGAAAUGGUUGAAUCAUUGAUGUAUCUGUAUAGAGCGACAAAGGAUGAAACGUGGUUAGAACUUGGAGCUGAAAUGAUUGAUGCAAUAGAAUCAUCAGCCCGAACUAAAUGUGGCUAUGCUACAAUCAACAAUGUAAAAGAGCAUAGUAUUGAAGAUAGAAUGGAGUCAUUUUUCCUUGCUGAAACAACUAAAUAUCUUUAUUUAUUGUUCGAUCCAACAAACUUCAUUCAUUCAAAAGGAGAUCAAGCUAGAAUAUUGACGAGUCCAAAGAAUUUGACUUGUGUGAUCUAUGGAGGAGGCUAUAUAUUCAACACUGAAGCUCAUCCAGUUGAUCCAGGAAUGUUGGAUUGCUGUAGUGUACAAGCAAAACGGGAUCAGGAAGUUGGUGUGAAACAAGUGAACAAUGGUGAUGAGCAUGAGAAAAUGAAUCGAACAGAAAAGGGCGGUGAAAAGUAUUUCGAGAAUCAAUAUGGAAAAAAUGAAAAUUUAAUUGAAUUCGAAGUUGAUGAGAAACUGAAAAAAGAAUCUGAAAAACGAAAGAUUGAACUGGAAGCAGAAAAAGUGAAAGAAAAUUCACAUAAAGCAAUGCUCAAAGUGCGAGAAAUACUUGUAAGAGCUCAUCAGAAGGAUGAAGCAAUGCAGCGAAAUGGUGAAACAUCUGAUUCGGCUAGAAAACUGAUGGAUCAACUCUACAAAGCAUACCCAAAUCAUACGGCAGAGUUGGAAAAUUUGAAUAAAGAAGCAAUUAUUGAAUUUGAAGAACUUCAACAUUUGGAGGAUAUUCGAGAACUUGUUAGAGAAAUCCCGAUACCUGAAGUUUUUUGUGAGAAAUGCUGUGUCCCACUUCAUGAAAUUGUCGAUUCGGUUGUACUUCGAGUGUUAAUGGCCGAUGUUUACGAAUAUCAUUUUUAUCCAACGAGAAAAACAAAAUUUCUUCAUGGUCCUGUUUGUUGGUUAGAGGAAACACCACGGAUUGAGGAUGAUUACAAAAAUGAGCCACCAAGUGUGAACACAGAAAAAUGGAAUAGUCCUCUCUUCACAAGUGAUCAGGCUUCUCUCAAUGAUUUUAUCGGAGACGAUCUUGAAACUGUUCGAAAGUUUGGAUUCAAAACUCUUCUGGCUCCUGGUUACAAAAAAUUGGAUAAAUUAAUUGCUGGACAGAAUAUUGCGUUGCGAAGAAAGAAGUCGUGGUAUUAUGAAGUUUAGUUAGAUUGGAUUUCGGGUUUUCCGGCCUUCUCUUGUCUGAAAUUUACUAGUCUGAAAGCUAAAUUGCCUUUUUCGUAAUGUAUAUAGAAUCGGGUAUAUUUAUUUUUGUGAUGGUUGUUAUAAGAAGAUGUGAUUAUUAAUUUCUUGUUGCCAUGGUUAGUUUAUAAUUUGAGUUAAAUGAAAUAAAUAAUUUAUGAAUUC